AUGCAGAUAGAGGGUGGUUCUGAAGGUGUAAUAGUUGGUGGAACGACAGGAGAGGGUCACCUAAUGAGCUGGGAUGAACACAUUAUGCUUAUCGGGCAUACUGUUAACUGCUUUGGCACUAGAAUUAAAGUGAUAGGCAACACAGGAAGUAAUUCUACCAGAGAGGCUGUUCACGCAACAGAGCAGGGAUUUGCUGUUGGCAUGCAUGCAGCUCUCCACAUCAAUCCUUACUAUGGGAAGACCUCAACUGAAGGAUUGAUCUCUCAUUUCGAGGCUGUUCUGCCGAUGGGUCCAACCAUCAUUUACAAUGUGCCAUCCAGGAGUGGCCAGGAUAUUCCUCCUCAAGUUAUUGAUGCACUUUCAGGUUAUUCAAACCUGGCAGGAGUGAAAGAAUGUGUCGGACAUGAGAGGGUCAAGUGCUACACUGACAAAGGUAUAACAAUAUGGAGUGGUAAUGAUGAUGAAUGCCAUGAUUCUAGGUGGAAAUAUGGUGCCACUGGAGUUAUUUCUGUAGCAAGCAACCUUGUUCCUGGUCUCAUGCGUAGUCUCAUGUAUGAAGGGGGGAAUGCAUUGCUAAAUGAGAAGCUGCUGCCUCUGAUGAAAUGGUUAUUCUGCCAGCCGAAUCCCAUCGCACUCAACACUGCUCUGGCUCAGCUUGGGGUGGCAAGGCCUGUUUUCAGAUUGCCGUAUGUUCCUCUUCCUCUUGAGAAGAGGAUUGAGUUUGUCCGGAUUGUUGAAGCUAUUGGACGGGGAAACUUUGUGGGACAGAAAGAGGCACGUGUUCUUGACGAUGAUGAUUUUGUUUUGAUCAGUAGGUAUUAG